AUGACGACCUUUACCAAAGUCUCCCCUGGUACGCAAGCUAGCCUCUCAGUCCAUCCUGAUCGCAAGCUCAGCAAGGUCAACGACAAUAUCUACGGCGGCUUCACAGAGCACAUGGGCCGAUGUAUCUACGGCGGACUCUACGAUCCUGACAAUCCGAAUACACACCUCGUUGAUGAGAAUGGCUUUCGGAGAGAUGUCAUUGAGGCCAUGCAGGAGUUGAGAGUCCCUGUAGUAAGAUACCCGGGUGGCAACUUUGUUGCGACAUACCAUUGGCUCGAUGGCGUGGGCCCGAAAGACAAACGACCAAGAAGACCGGAACUUGCAUGGCUGGGUGUCGAGAGCAAUCAAUUUGGGACAGAUGAAUUCAUGAAGUGGUGAGUGAAACAGUAGUAGUGCUGAGUCUCAAAUCGUUGUUUGCAGGAUUUACUCACUUUGCGUCCUUUCCGCCCAUAGGUGCGAAGAGGUGGGAACGGAGCCAUAUUUGGCUCUAAAUUUUGGAACGGGUCUGAACUCUCAAAUCUACGGUGCCUGUGGAGCUCUGCUGACUUUCGUUAGGGACACUCGACGAAGGUAUGUGCCGUCGACUAUGCAGAAGUAGUCUCGAUCAUUGACUGCGCCAAGCACUCGCAUGGCUAGAAUACUGCAACUCGACGCAGGACACCCACUACGCGAACCUCAGGAGGGAUAACGGGCGCAAGGAGCCGUACAAGGUCAAAUAUUGGGCGCUUGGAAAUGAAACUUGGGGUCCAUGGCAAGUCGAGCAGAUGACCAAAGAAGACUACUCCAAGAAAGCAUACCAAUGGGCCAAGGCUCUGAAGCUGCUGGAUCCGUCCAUCACCCUGAUCCUCUGCGGCGAGACCGGCCAUUCGACAUGGGACUACUACACCCUCAAGGAAUGUGUGCGAUGGGACCAACACGCUCUCGGGGCAGGAAACAUCACUGCGAGCGUGAUUGAUAUGCACAGCAUCCACAUCUACACGGCCUGCGAUCACGAUCCUGUCAAGAACUCUCUAGCUCCACGAUCCGCCGAGCGAGCCAUUGAGAUCUGUGCCGCGCUCAUUGACCUGGCCCGGAUCGAGAACAACGUGCCACCGACCGUGCCACGGCAGACGAUCUGCUUCGACGAAUGGAACGUUUGGGAUCCCCGGCGCGCGCCAGGCAACGCCGGCGCUGAAGAAAGAUAUACCCUCUCCGACGCCCUGGCUGUGGCCAUCUGGCUGAAUGUCUUCAUCCGGCAGAGUAGACACGUCGGCAUGGCGAACAUCGCCCAGAGCGUCAAUGUCAUUGCGCCUCUGAUGACGAAUCGAAAUGGUCUGAUGAGACAGACCACGUGGUGGCCGUUGUUGCUCUUCAGCAAAUACAUGCGCGGUUGGACGGUGGCUACGCACGUGAGCUGUAGUAGCUAUGAGGAUGAUACGGAGCCGAGAUGGCUACGGGCGGCGGCCGAUAUGCCCUGGCUGGAUGUUUCGGCGACCAUUAGUGAAGAUGGAUGGGUGAGCUUGGUGGUCGUGAAUGCGAAUCUGACGGAUUCGUUCGAGGUGGACUUGGCUGGUGUCGAUGCUCGAAAGGGUCAUGUGCAUGUUUUCACGGUUACUGGAGAGCAGUGGGAUGUGGUCAAUACACCUGGGAAAGAGAAUGUUGGCAUUUCCGAGAGCACGUGGGAUGGUCAAGGCGCUUUCAAGUUCCCGAACAUGAGCAUGACUAUGCUGAGGUGGAGUGCCUGA